CGAAAUAAAUUCUGGUGACUAAUUGCGGGUGCAUCGCGUAUGUAUUUGGCUGUGAGUUUCGUCUUUGGUUUCGUCCAUUUUGAGUUACUCGUAAUGCGCGACAUGUUAAAGGACUUGGUUGAUUGAAGUGCACCGAUGGGAAGUUGGUAGGAACUUUCCGUUAUCCUGCUAAAAAUACUAGGUGUUGCGUGUUGGGCGACUCUCAAGAAUUAAGAUGUCCUUGCAGUCGCAAGCUCAUCCACAGCUCACUGGUGCAAACGUCAUAUUGAAGAUGAACGAAAUCCCACAGCUCUCCACAGUCGGGCUGCUGGAGCUGGCGCACCGCGAGUACCAGGCCGGGGACUACGAGAACGCGGAGCGGCACUGCAUGCAGCUCUGGAGGCAGGAGACCAACAACACAGGCGUGCUGCUGCUGCUCUCGUCCAUCCACUUCCAGUGUCGCCGCCUCGACAAGUCUGCCCACUUCAGCACGCUGGCCAUCGAGCAGAACCCGCUGCUGGCGGAGGCCUACAGCAACCUGGGCAACGUGUACAAGGAGCGCGGGCAGCUGCAGGAGGCGCUGGAGAACUACCGCCAUGCCGUGCGCCUCAAGCCGGACUUCAUCGACGGCUACAUCAACCUGGCGGCCGCGCUGGUGGCGGCCGGCGACAUGGAGCAGGCCGUGCAGGCGUACGUCACGGCGCUGCAGUACAACCCGGACUUGUACUGUGUGCGCAGCGACCUGGGCAACCUGCUGAAGGCCCUGGGCAGACUCGACGAGGCCAAGGCGUGCUACCUCAAGGCCAUCGAGACGCGGCCGGACUUCGCCGUGGCCUGGAGCAACCUGGGGUGCGUGUUCAACGCGCAGGGGGAGAUCUGGCUGGCCAUCCACCACUUCGAGAAGGCGGUGGCCCUGGACCCCAACUUCCUGGACGCCUACAUCAACCUGGGCAACGUGCUGAAGGAGGCGCGCAUCUUCGACCGGGCGGUAGCGGCCUACCUGCGGGCGCUCAACCUGAGCCCCAACAAUGCAGUGGUGCACGGAAACCUGGCCUGCGUGUACUACGAGCAAGGCCUUAUUGACCUGGCCAUCGACACGUACCGGCGGGCCAUCGAGCUGCAGCCCAACUUCCCGGACGCCUACUGCAACCUGGCCAACGCGCUCAAGGAGAAGGGGCAGGACCGCUGGAAGGCUGCGGCGGCGGUGGGGCAGUGUCUGGGUGACGUUGGGCGCCAGGUGUCGGAGGCGGAGGAGUGCUACAACACGGCGCUGCGGCUGUGCCCCACGCACGCCGACUCGCUCAACAACCUGGCCAACAUCAAGCGCGAGCAGGGCUACAUCGAGGAGGCGACGCGCCUCUACCUCAAGGCCCUGGAGGUGUUCCCGGAGUUCGCGGCGGCCCACUCGAACCUGGCGUCCGUGCUGCAGCAGCAGGGCAAGCUCAACGAGGCGCUCAUGCACUACAAGGAGGCCAUCAGGAUCCAGCCGACCUUCGCGGAUGCGUACAGCAACAUGGGCAACACGCUCAAGGAGAUGCAGGACAUACAGGGGGCGCUGCAGUGCUACACCCGCGCCAUCCAGAUCAACCCCGCCUUCGCCGACGCCCACAGCAACCUGGCCUCCAUCCACAAGGACUCGGGCAACAUCCCGGAGGCGAUCCAGUCGUACCGCACGGCGCUGAAGCUGAAGCCGGACUUCCCCGACGCGUACUGCAACCUGGCGCACUGCCUGCAGAUAGUGUGCGACUGGACGGACUACGACGCGCGCAUGAAGAAGCUGGUGAGCAUCGUGGCGGAGCAGCUGGACAAGAACCGCCUGCCCUCGGUGCACCCGCACCACUCGAUGCUGUACCCGCUGUCGCACCAGUUCCGCAAGGCCAUCGCCGCCCGCCACGCCAACCUCUGCCUCGAGAAGAUCCACGUGCUGCACAAGCCGCCCUACAAGUACCCCAAGGAGCUGGGCGGGCGGCUGCGCAUCGGUUACGUGUCCUCGGACUUCGGCAACCACCCCACGUCGCACCUGAUGCAGUCCAUCCCGGGGCUGCACGACCGGUCGCGCGUCGAGGUGUUCUGCUACGCCCUCAGCCCCGACGACGGCACCACCUUCCGCUCCAAGAUCGCCAGCGAGUCGGAGCACUUCGUCGACCUGUCGCAGAUCCCGUGCAACGGCAAGGCGGCGGACCGCAUCAACACGGACGGCAUCCACAUCCUGGUGAACAUGAACGGCUACACGAAGGGGGCGCGCAACGAGAUCUUCGCGCUGCGCCCGGCGCCCGUGCAGGUGAUGUGGCUGGGCUACCCUGGCACCAGCGGGGCCUCGUUCAUGGACUACCUGGUGACGGACGAGGUGACCUCGCCGCUGGAGCUGGCCGCCCAGUACAGCGAGAAGCUGGCCUACAUGCCGCACACCUUCUUCGUGGGCGACCACAAGCAGAUGUUCCCGCACCUCAAGGAGCGCGUCAUCGUCACCGACCGGUCGGGGUCGAAGGACGUGGCGGACAACGUGGCGGUGAUCAACGCCACGGACCUGUCGCCCAUCAUGGAGAGCGCCCAGGUGAAGGAGAUCCGAGAGAUCGUGUCGUCCGACAGCAAGCUGAGCGCCCGGCCCGUGGAGAUCUCGCUGAAGGUGGCGGAGCUGCCGACCACCACGCCCAUCGAGACGAUGAUCGCGUCGGGGCAGAUCCAGACGUCGGUGAACGGCGUGGUGGUGCAGAACGGGCUGGCCACCAACCAGACCAACAACAAGGCGGCGACGGGGGAGGAGGUACCCCAGAGCAUCGUGAUCACCACGCGGCAGCAGUACGGGCUGCCGGACGACGCCGUCGUCUACUGCAACUUCAACCAGCUGUACAAGAUCGACCCGCUCACCCUGCACAUGUGGGUGCAUAUCCUGAAGAACGUGCCGAACGCGGUGCUGUGGUUGCUGCGCUUCCCGGCGGUGGGCGAGCCCAACGUGCAGGGGGCGGCCCAGCAGCUGGGGCUGCCCCCCGGGCGCAUCCUGUUCAGCAACGUGGCGGCCAAGGAGGAGCACGUGCGGCGCGGCCAGCUGGCCGACGUGUGCCUGGACACGCCGCUGUGCAACGGCCACACCACCAGCAUGGACGUGCUGUGGACCGGCACGCCCGUCGUCACGCUGCCCGGGGAGACGCUGGCCUCACGCGUCGCCGCGUCGCAGCUGGCGACGCUGGGCUGCCCGGAGCUGAUCGCCAAGACGCGGCAGGAGUACCAGAGCAUCGCCAUCCGCCUGGGGACCGACCGCGAAUACCUGAAGGCGGUGCGUGCCAAGGUGUGGCGCGCGCGCGGCGAGAGCCCGCUGUUCGACUGCCAGCAGUACGCCCAGGGUCUGGAGGGCCUGUACCAGCGCAUGUGGGAGCGGCACGCGGCGGGUGACAAGGCAGACCACGUCGUUGACAAGUAGUGGGCGUCCCUCUCCCGCCCCUACCCCUACCCUCCCCUCCACCCUUCUCCACCCCACCUACCCCCCUCCUCUCCCGCCGCCGGCGCCGUCUUAUUUAUUGGCUUGCUUCGCCCAGAGACGGGCAGUUGUUUUGAGUUGGAACAGCACCUGUGUUACGACACCUGAUGCGGAUUUCGGCUCGGUGCCGUCAGUACCUUUAGUGGGUAAUAAACUGCUACGCAACUAAAAAAA